UCUUGUAGGCCAAACAGCCAGUACCGCACGCUCACGAUAAAAUGCCGAAGGUCUCUUCGUGAUAGAUCAUCGCAUGCAGCAGAAAUACAACGUGGGAAACCUCUGUGUUUUGUUUUCCAUCCUGCAUCUUUAUAUUGGCAAUCUCUAAGCAUUCUGUUUCGCAGUUUCAGUUUAGUGAAAGUAGAGUAGUAGUGUUCUUCCUGCAAUCCUUUGGUUUCGAUCAGGUUGAUCAAAUCCGAACAUACAGCAAUGGGUGAAAAGGCCACAGUCAUAAUGGUGUUUAAGGCUGACCUGCAGUGCUAUCACUGCUACAAGAAGGUGAAGAGAAUUCUAUGUAAAUUUCCUGAAAUACAUGACCAGAUAUUCGACGAGAAGAAAAACUUGGUCACAAUCAAAGUUGUAUCCUGCUUUCCUGAGAGGAUUAAGCAAAAGAUCAUCUGCAAGGGUGGAGGUUGCAUUGAGUUUGUACCUCCAGCUCCCCCACCGGGGCCUCCAGGGCCUGCAGGGCCUCAGGGGCCUCCUGGGCCUGCGGGGCCUGCAGGGCCUAAGGGACCACCUGGGCCAGUUGGGCCACCUGGGCCUGUGGGACCUCCCGGGCCAUGUGGGCCCGUUGGGCCUGCGGGGCCUCCUGGGCCAGUGCAUUGUGGGCCACCAGGACCUCCAGGGCCACCCGGGCCACCCGGGCCUCCGGGACCAAAGCCAGUACCAUGUCAUCCAAUUGACAAGGACCGUCCGAUUGUUGUACCAUGCUGGCCAGCAGGCGUUUAUCCACCCGGAGGAUGUACUUGUGGUUGCGGCGGUUGGGGUUCGAGUUGCAAUUAUCCAGGAUGGACACCCCCAUGGUGGUGGAGGCCGCAACCGUAUCUUAGUGAUUGUCAUGCGCCUUGUAAUGUGAGCCGUUAUGAGUACUGCAGUGAAGGAGAUUCCACAGGAUGCGCAACAAUGUAAAUGUAAGCUGGUCAUCAUCAUGUCUCUUACAAUAUUCAAAUAAUUAAUGUGAUCCCGCGUACGUACGUGUUAUAUGAGAGACAUAAUAUUACUCAUUAAAUCUUGUACGUCCAUUUAAUGAUUUCAAUUCUAUAUAUGAUUAUCUUUACAAUAUAUUGAUCAAUUUCAUUGAUCAAAUUUCUCAUUUGAA